AGCCCUUCCCACACUUUCCACAUCUGGCUCUGAUACCUUGAGCUGUGAUCCUUGUCCCAGGUAGCUGGCAUUUUCUGUGCAAACGUCUCCUGCCAGGGCUCUUUCUCCCCGGCAGAAGGAUGCAGUAGAAUCCCUGGACCGAGCCGUUCUCGGAUGCCUUUUUCAGAGGCUUCAGUUACGUCACGUGAGUGCCCCACCACCACCACAGGGGGAUCUCACAGGGCCCUCUAGAAACAAGGCUGGACACGCCUAUCACCCCAGCAUCUGGGUGGUAGAAGCAGGACUGAAAGUCUGGAGACACCUCGUCUCAAAACAACGGCAAACACCAAAAAACUACAGGGCUCAGUGGGUAAAGCAGCUUGCCACCAAGUCCGAUGACAUGAGUUCGAUCCCAGGCACCCGCACGGGGGAACGAGAGAUCCAGCUCCCACAAGCUGUCCUCUGACGUGCAUGCUGUGGCAUAUGAUGUGACAAUAGUACCAACAGUCUCCAAAAAUCCGAACCUACAGAGACCAUCCUUUUCUCAGGAAAUGGCUGCCAGCCCACAUGCCAGCACCAGAAAAGGCCUGGUAGGGCUGACAGCAAGCUAUCCCGCUCCUGGGGACGAGACCGGCCGGCAUCUGCUUCUGUGUGUCAAGUGCUCCAUUGGCUAGUGCAAUGGACCGCAGGAGAGAGCGCCAGAGAACAGGCAAGAUGGGGAAUGGCAAGAGCAUGUCGGACCAGAAGUCAGGCUCCAGGUUCCUGCCCGAGGAGCAGGCGGAGGUAGACAGGCUGUUUGAUGCCCUGUCAGCUAGUGAAGGCGGCACCACGAAGGGGACAUUCUCUCUGGAGGCACUGAAGAGCCAUGUCAAGGAGGCCCUUCCCCCAGCAAUGGUCACCAGACUAUAUCACGGCAUGUGCAGGGUGAAGCCCACCGGCAGGGCACAUGGGGGCUCCAAGAGCAUUUCCAGGGAGCAGUUCACAGCAUUCCUGUCCCAGCUGCUGAGAGGGAGCUGUGAGGAGAAGGGCCUUAUGGUUAUGAACAUGAUCUCAGCUGCGGAGGGUCCUAUAAAGACCAGAGAUGUCCAGAAGUUCACAGAGGACCUGGUGGCCUCUGUGGUACACGUGCUGACCCACCGGCAUGAGCUUCGAGGCUGGACCUGGAGGAAAUCCACGGUGCCCCCCGACAGUCUGCAGGCGAUGGUUGCCCAGCUGCUCUCAGAGAUGAAGUUUCAAGAUGGUCACCAGUUUCUGGGCCCUCAGAGCCUGGACCAGAUCUGCGACCAAGCCAUGAUCGAGGAGUGGGUGUUCCACGUCCCUCGCGUGGGCAUGUUUCUGAGUGUGGUCAUCCACAGGGGCCUGCACCUCCUGGCCUCAUCCUUUGACCUUUCCACGCUGGUCCCUGAGUGCCACGUGGACCAAGGCAGGCGGUUUGAGAGCAUCCUGGACGUGCUGUCCGUCAUCUACCUCAGCGCCCACCUGGCAGCCGAGCACCGGCACCGCUGGCGCCUGCUGUUCUCCACGCAGCUCCAUGGGCAGAGCUUCUCCCAGCUGUGCAGCCACAUCACGAGCCAGGGGCCCAGCUUGGUUGUCCUUGAGGACAGGGAUGGCUACGUCUUUGGUGGCUUUGCCUCCUGCUCUUGGGAAGUUAAGCCUCAGUUCCAAGGGGACAACAAAUGCUUCCUGUUCUCCAUCGCCCCCAGAAUGGCCACGUACCUGCACACGGGCUACAAUAACCACUUCAUGUACUUGAAUUACGGACAGCAGACCAUGCCCAACGGACUGGGCAUGGGUGGCCAGCACCAUUACUUUGGGCUUUGGGUGGCUGCCGACUUUGGGAAAGGACACAGCAAGGCCAAGCCGGCGUGCACCACCUACAACAGCCCACAGCUGUCUGCCCAGGAGGACUUCCUGUUUGAUAAGAUGGAGGUGUGGGGACUUGGCAACCUCUUAGAGGCAUAUGAGGGCAAGAACAAGAAGAGCAUCCUGGACUCAAAUCCCGAGGCCCGCAGCCUGCUGGAGAUCAGCGGCCGGACUCGGCACAGCGAGGGGCUGCGGGAAGAGCCCCAGGAUGAGGACUGAUGGACGCUCCCAGACAGAGCUUCCUGGAGCAGGAGCGUCGCGCCCCCAGGGAUGCAGGGCAGACGAGCGAGCAAGCGGCAUCUCAAUGCUGGGCGAACAGAGAGAGCUCUUCUUACCCUCUGUCCUCACUCCUGCUUGGCCUUAACACAGAGCCGCAUGGUUGCACGCAGACCAUCACGGACAUACUUAACUCAGAACACAGCCAUGCCGAGAAAGAUCCCUCCGAAGCCAUAACUGAUGGGUAUUGCCUCCCAGGGGCCCUGGGUGCAGGUUAGAACCUUGGCCUUAAACUUUGUCUUCUGUCUUUUUUUUUUUAUUAGAUAUUUUCUUUAUUUACAUUUCAAAUGUGAUCCCUUUUCCUCAUUUCCCUUUCUAAAACCCCCAUCCCAUCCCCUCCCCCUGCCCACCAACCCACUCACUCCCACUUCCCUGUCCUGGCAUUCUCCUACACUGGGGCAUCGAACCUUCACAGGACCAAGGGCCUCUCCUCUCAUUGAUGUCCUACAAGGCCAUCCUCUGCUACAUAUGCGUCUAGAGCCAUGGGUCACAGCAUGUGUACUCUUUGGUUGGUGGUUUGGUCCCUGGGAGCUCUGGGGGGGGGGCACUGAUUGGUUCAUAUUGUUGUUCCUCCUAUGGGGCUGCAAACCCCUUCAGCUCCUUGGGUCCUUUCUCUGGCUCCUCCAUUGGGGACCCUGUGGUCCAAUGGUUGCCUGAGAGCAUCCACCUCUGUAUUAGUCAGGCACUGGCAGAGCCUCUCAGGAGACAGCUAUAUCAGGCUCCUGUCAGCAAGGGCUUGUUGGCAUCCACAAUAGUGUCUGGGUUUGGUAGUCUGCUGUCUUCUGUCCAGGGCAUCCAAAGACAAAGAGGCUUGAAACCUGCUGGGACUGGCGGUUCGUCGUUGGGGCGUGCAUUCUUGCCUUGUGAGGAGGCACCACAUGGCCUGUGCUCUGAGGGUCCUGUAAGCACCCUGAUAGCCCAUCAUGAAAGAUCGGUGCUUAGAUGAAUAUCUCGGUACUCUGUGAGAAUACCCUUCCCACAAACACACCCCCAGCAUCAAAUUUGUGUGUUUGCAGCUGAAAGUCUGAAGGAAAUGUCUCUGGGGGCAGGUCCUCAGAACAGGCUUGUCGUGGGGGUUCUAUGUAGCUUUCUCAACUCUUUUUAAGCGAAUCUAGUGAACAAUUGGGAAAACCCAACCUAUUUACCCAGAGACCAAACCUUUACUGUGCUGCUAACCCAAAUGCAGGAGCUGGGACCUUUGGAGACUUGAAGUUCUUGUGUUUGCAUAACGCCCACCCAUCUCAGAUGUGAGUGGUGUGUGAUGUCCAGCCUUGGCCUCUAGGUGCCUCCUCUGAGGUCACAGCUCAGGGCUCCUCAGGAGGAGGUUGGAUAAUGGGACAGCAUGACUUCCUUCAGACAGACUCCAGUGGUUCCCAGAGAUUGACAAUGACUCAGGCGGCCAGACUGCCCAUCACACUGUGAGUGAUGGGCAACCAGCUCUGUGCACCCAGAGGGCCUGUGGGCCCCCGAGACCCUGGUCUUGUUUGUCUUUUGCUGUAAACUCCAACCUUUACGGAUCUGAUACAAGUUUUACUUUUGAAUGUACAGUUUGCCUCAAUCAAAAGCCACAGUGAAGUCCGGUGUGUGUAUUUUUCUAGUUCUGCAUUUUUUUUUGCCCAGGAAGCUCCCAGAAUACCCCACAUAACAACCCUGGCCUUCCAAACAAAAGUGCCAUUUCUGUGCACGGAGGGGUGGGUGUGUGGUACUGACAAGGGCUGGGCCAUUUUGGUUUUCUUGGCAAGAAGCCAGUUGUCAAGUGGUCUGUGGGAUAGAGAUAGAAAACACUAGAAUCUCCAGACACCCCCCGUGUAACUUCACAGAAAACACUAGAAUCUCCAGACAACCCCGUGUAACUUCACAGAGCUGGGUCGCUGUGCUAUGGAGUGUGUCUUUGUUUUGCGUUUUUUUUUUCUCUUGAGACAGGCUUUCUCAGUGUAGCCCGGGCUGUCCUUCAACAAGCUGGCCUCCACCCCAGAGAUGCACCUGCCUCUGCCUCCCAAGUGCUGGCAUUGAAGGUGUGCACCACCGCUGCCUGGCAAGUGGCAAGUGUUUUUUGUUUGUUUGUUUUAAAUAAAAAUGUAGUCGUGUCUUUCA